AUGUCUGACUGCAGCAAUGAUACUACAACACUUGAUGCAUCUAAACCAGCCACAGAAGAAGUCAAGUCGGCUUCUGAGGCAUCUAACAUGGCCCAAGACUCUCCCAAAAAUUCAGCAGCUGAAAUCCCAGUGACCAGUAACGGAGAACUUGAUGACUCCCAUGAACAUGGAUUUAAUAGAGAUUUGAAGCGUUCAUUACCAGCUGGACUUGGUCUCUCAGAAACCCAAAUUACAACUCAUGGCUUUGACAGUACCAAAGAGGGGGUUGUUGACGCAGGAGCAUUGCAAGGUUCCCCAGCUCCACCAGUUCUGUCUCCUAGCAGGGUUGCAGCUAGUCGACUGGCUCCACCAGAAACUGAUUUAAUUGUUCCUGCAGGUGGCCAGAAAACACAGACAAAAAGUGGACCAGUUAUUCUAGCAGACGAAAUUAAAAAUCCUGCAAUGGAAAAAUUAGAACUUGUUAGAAAAUGGAGUCUAAACACUUACAAGUGCACUCGACAAAUCAUCUCAGAGAAGCUAGGCCGUGGCUCCAGGACAGUGGACUUAGAACUGGAAGCUCAGAUUGACAUAUUGAGAGAUAACAAGAAAAAAUAUGAGAAUAUCCUGAGGCUGGCACAGACCCUGUCAACCCAGCUCUUCCAGAUGGUGCACACACAGCGGCAGCUUGGAGACGCCUUUGCAGACUUGAGUUUGAAGUCCCAGGAGCUCCAUGAAGAAUUUGGCUAUAACGCAGACACCCAGAAGCUGCUGGCUAAAAAUGGAGAGACUCUUCUUGGAGCCAUUAACUUCUUCAUUGCUAGUGUGAAUACUCUGGUGAAUAAAACUAUCGAAGAUACAUUAAUGACUGUGAAACAGUAUGAAAGUGCCAGGAUCGAGUAUGAUGCCUACCGCACUGAUCUGGAAGAGCUGAAUCUUGGGCCACGAGAUGCGAACACACUGCCGAAAAUCGAACAGUCACAGAUUCUCUUCCAGACGCACAAGGAGAAAUAUGACAAAAUGCGCAAUGACGUCUCUAUCAAGUUGAAAUUUUUAGAAGAAAAUAAGGUGAAAGUGUUGCACAACCAACUCGUCCUUUUCCACAACGCCAUUGCCGCCUACUUCGCUGGUAACCAGAAGCAGCUGGAGCAGACACUCAAACAGUUCCACAUCAAGUUGAAAAGCCCCGGCGUCGAGACCCCCUCAUGGCUCGAGGAACAGUAGUGCCGCACCAGGAGGAGCAGGCUGUCCCCAUGUUCUGUUCCCCAACAAGCCUAAUGAGAGUGAAGCAGAUUUGGGGGGGUCAGGGUGAGAACCACCAUAAUGAUUCUUGCACAAAGAGCUUUAAUUUUUUCCCCUUUUUCAUACUUUACCAAUUGAACUGUUUCCAUUUGUGGGGACAGUGGGAGGCUUUAAUUGUGAACAUAAUUUCUAUGAUCCAAACACAGUGAUUUUUUUCCCUGUGAAGGAAUCCUUUUGUACCAUGAGGGUUGGUAGCUCUUGCUGUCGUCUGAAACCAUUGAAUAUGUCCGUUUGUACUGACAAGAUAAACAUUCAAGAUUUGGGGUCCUGGAAGUAAGGGCCAGUUGUACCUUUUCCAAGGGGGGAGGUUUAUAUGAUUUGUAUCAACAUCAGAUCUUUUAUAUAGGAAUAUAUUAAACAUCUUUGAAAGAAUCAUUUUCAUGUAUCAUCUUAAACAAAGAAGCUAUUUUGCCACUGAGAAUUGUAUGAUGUUCCUGUUAAGCAGUCGGCCAAACGAAUUAACCGAUUUAAUCCUGCUCCGAUGUCAUUUUGUUUAUCCAUUUAUUUUUCCAUAUGAUAUGUGCAGAUCACACUGUCACUUUUGUGAGACCUUUGCGCCCAAGAGUUUGUAUCACUCACUGCCAACAGUCCGCAGUUUCUUUUGAUUCCUAAUGAACUUACUUCCAAGCUUUAUUUUUUCCUUUUUGGGGUUUGGUUUGGUUUUCAGACAGAUGGACUGGGGAAUAGAAAUCCCCUGUGGUUUUUGAUGUAGAAAGGUUUAUUUAGAACACUAGUUUGGGGCUAGAUUCCAUUUGAAUAGAAGUGAAUUCUUAGAUGGCCUUCAUGAACUUCCAUAAAUAACAAUGCCGAUUAAGCCUUAAAUCACAGAUAAUGUGCCUUCUCAGAUACAGUAAUUCUCACUCAACCAGUGUACAUAAUCCAUAAAGAUGCUCUUUGCAGAUAAUAUGGGACGUGUCUGUUCCUUUCUUGGUAAGGAGCACUGUGUAUAAAUGUUGGGCUUCUUUGUGUUCCUUAAACCAUAUUUAAGGUUUGUGGUAAAAUCAACUUUUGCCCUUUGCUAUUGGGUUUUUCUUCAUUCCUUGUGUGGAAUGGAAAAACGGAGGAAUUGCUUCACUUGGGAGUGAAAAGGUUCUGGGGGAACAUGGUGGAGCCAUGGAGGGGACAGGCCAAGCUGGACAGUUUUUAGUCACUCUGCUCUGUGGCUUUUAUGCCUCGUGGUCUGGUCCGUCUAUCUGUGGUUCCCAGUCACGAGCUCCCCUUUCACUGUAGGUUCUCUUGAUUGUUGUCACAGACAUAAGUUAACAUUUUGAGAGCUAUUGCUGUUUUGUUUCUUUUGUGUUGAAAUGAUGUGCUUAAAAUGAUUGUUUUUACAUGAAUUUUGUGGACAGUAAGAUUUGUUGUAUAUGUUCAAAUGCCUCUUAACUGGCUUUUUAAUCCAUCUGCCUAUUUCUAGUGCUUAAUACAAUGUAAUGUGAUUGUAAAUCAGAAACCUAUUUUAAAUCAUUCCCUCCUGUAUAUUUGUACUCCGAGAGAGCCUUACUUUAUUCUUCCAGCAGAAUUACUACUCGUGAUAGUCCAGUUACAGCCCAGACAGUGCCUGGUGUGAAUUUGUAUUCUUAUUAAAA